UUCACUUUAUAAACACAAGGGACGGUGUUGCAUGUUUAGCCGCGCUGUGCCUGCUGUAGUAUCACCCCCUAGGAUCCUGCUGGAUGAAUAAAUCGGUGCUUUGCUGCAGCUGGGGGACUUGUUUCACUCCGGAGGCAGCUUGGAUCUCCCCCUGAAAUAAGCAGACGUCAGAGACCUCGCCUGCUCGCUGCUGCCGCUGUUACAUUUUAUUGCAAACUAAUCACAGCAUUGUUUGCGGGAUUACUCUGCUGCCACAUGCACUAUGUGGCGAGGUGGAUGGCACGCCGGUGGUAGCUGUUAGACGUUUAUCGGCUUUUUUUAGUUUUAAACACCGUGCCUUGGCGGAAAGGAGAGGAUUUCGUUUUAUUUAAGGUAGCAUGACAGGAUCCAGAGCCGACGAGCUAGCUGGCUAACGUUAGCAUAGCGAUUAGCUAGCGCCGUGUUAUCGCAAUGAAUGGACUGUUGCUUUAAUGUUUGUUAUCCUUAAAGCAGACUGUGGUGCUCACGUACAUCAUUUACAGCAGACAUCGUAUUUCUGCUCGAAGAUAUUAAACACAGUCAACGUUGGCGGCAGUUAGCCACAUAGGCUGUAACAAAACAGUGGAGCCUCGCUAAAAUGCUAACAACUAGCCUAGCCAGCGUACACACUAUUACCACAGUCAGCUCUUAUUGCCAGGUUAACAUACUGUUGGUGCCUUGAGCUGUGUCUCUAUUUAACCUACAUUUAAACCAAACAGUGACUUCUAAGUUUGAGUCGAGGCCUAGCUGUUAGCUGUGUUUCUGACUGCAACUUUAGUAGUAAAAGUUGAUUUAAACGCAGCUUAGAAGCCAAAAUCGAGCAAUGCACUUUGUCCUGUGUGCUCACUUAGUCAGCUAUGUCACACAAACGUAUUUUUUACUAUCAGAUGUUAUAUUCAUAUUAUUUAAUUAUUGUGCUCUUAUAACUGCAGAUGGAAAUAUUAGCCAGAGCUGCAUCUUCAGAAAUGUUGUCAAUGUACGCUGUUUUGGAGUGUUUUGAUUCUCAGGUGUUUGGAAAUGUGUAAUCUUUACAGGUCAAGUGACAAUGAAUGAGCAGGACAGUGGUGUGGUGUCGUUUGAUGAGUAUGUGCGGCAGAAGGCCCGCACUGUGCCUCAGCACAGGAUGAAGGAGUUCCUGGAGUCCCUCGCCAAGGGCCCAGAGGUGCUGCAGGAGUUCAGCCAGCAGGGAGGGGCGACCACCACGACAGCCAUGGUGUACCAGCAGCAGGGCACCAACUGUGUCUACACGGACAGCACCGAGGUGGCUGGCUCUCUCCUAGAGCUAGCUUGCCCGGUACAGGUGACCUCUGCUGAAAUUUCUCCUCAGCUUUCUGUCCAUCAAGGCACUGACCAGCAGCUUCAAGUGCAGGUUCAGAUCCAGGAACAGCAGGACCUGCAGGGAAUACAUACAGCUCACCUUGUCCCACAGGGAGAGCUCACAGAAGAGCAGCAACAGCAGAUUCAGGCACAGCUGGUUGCAGCUGUAGCUGGAGGACAACAAAUUCAGUUGUCAGGUGGACAACAAAUCCAACUACAAGGAACGCAGCAGAUCCAGCUGCCCGAUGGCCAACAUAUUCAACUGGAGGCUGGUCAACAGAUUCAACACAUUCAGCUACAAGGUGGUCAGCAUAUUCAGCUACAAGGUGGUCAACAGAUUCAGCUACCAGGUGGUCAGCAUAUUCAGCUACAAGGGGGCCAACAGAUUCAGCUACAAGGUGGUCAGCAGAUCCAGCUGCAAGGGGGCCAACAGAUUCAGCUACAAGGUGGUCAGCAGAUCCAGCUGCAAGGGGGCCAACAGAUCCAGAUCCAGACAAUAGAGGCCAUGUCUCCCUCACACCAGCAGGACUCUCCCAGGGAGGUAGACAGGAGAUCCGGUACUGUCUCAACUGUUCUCCAGCCGGCCAAGAAGCGUAAGGUGGAUGUUCCUCUAGCAGUGUCCUAUGCUGUUCCACAGGGCCAGCAAGUGGCCACAGUUCUAGCCAUCCCUCAAGGGCAGCAGCAAAGUUAUGUGUCCCUACGACCAGAUUUGCUCACUGUUGACAGUGCUCAACUGUACAGCACUACAGGAACAAUCACAGGUCCCACAGGAGAGACCUGGACCAUUCCUGUGUACUCAACUCCACAACAGCAGGGUGUAACUCACAUUGCCAUACCACAGGAGUCGUACAGCACAGUUCAAGUUACUACCGCCAAUGGUAAGGACAAAGAAUCCCCCGGUUCUUCACUAAGGUCUGCAGAUGUGCAGUCAGUCUCGACUGGGACACAGGAAGAAAUAGUACAGACACUGUUCCCAGCGCAGUUCAUGAACGGGAACAUCCACAUCCCUGUGGCAGUGCAGACUGUAGACGGGACCUACAACACUACACAGUCGGUACACAUAUGGGACCCAAAUCAACAUCAUAGCCAAGGAGAAGAUGGACAAGAGCAGCAGCUCCAUCUGCAGGGUCAUGAUGAGACAGAGGCCCAUGCAGAACCACCUUCGGAAAUUCUGGUUCCUGUCUGUCUGAAGCCAGAGGAGGGCUUGGAGGUCUGGCGCCUCUGGGUGAAGCGAAAAAACACCGAGCUAAGCAAGCAGGAAAAGACCAAGCUUGCACCCAUAGGACGUCGUCAGCCUCUGCGUUUUCAAGAAGACUUGGUGUCCAGUGCAGUAGCUGAGCUAAACUUGGGUCUUUCCCUGAUGACCCAGGAGGCACGAGGAUCAGAGGAAGAACAGUUCUCUCCAGAUGUUCUGUAUUAUGUUUUCUUGUGUAUACAAAAGUAUAUGUCUGAAAAUGGACGUGUGGAUGAUGUUUUCUCUGAUCCGUAUUACACUCGUUUCUGUGAGUCUUUACACAAAAUCCUGGAUGGCUGGAAGCCCAGUAUCCAUCCUUUAGGUUACAUCAUUCCAAGUCAUGUGACAGAGGAGAUGCUGUGGGAGUGUAAACAGCUUGGUGCCCAUUCACCAGGCACUUUGCUCACAACUCUAAUGUACUUCAACACUAAGUAUUUCCGUCUCAUAACACCUGAACAGCACAUGAAAGUAGCUUUCUCUAAGGUCUUAAGACACACAAGGAAGAAUCCAACUAAUGCCAAGGACAAAGCAACCAGCAUCCGCCUUCUGAAAGGACAAAGUCCACACAAUGCCGGACAAAAAGGAACUGAUGACAUGUAUGAAGAGCAGAUAGAGGAUCCAGAGAAUCCUCUUCGAUGUCCCAUUAAACUUUAUGAUUUUUAUCUCUUCAAAUGUCCUCAAAGCGUUAAAGGACGUAACGAUGCAUACUACAUGACUCCAGAGCCUGUUGUGGCACCAAACAGCCCGAUGUGGUACUCCUCUCAGCCUCUCACGAGUCAACAAGUGGAGCAGAUGCUGGCACGCAUCAUCGUGGUGCGAGAAAUCCAGGAGAUCAUCGGUGCCGUUCCAGAGAACAUGAGCUAAGUUGAGAGGUCUGAC